AUGGCCGCCGAGUUACUUCCACCGGAAGGGCCCAUCACCACCGCCACCACCACCACAACAGCACUCGCCGCAACAGACCCCGCCAUUACUGCAACAACAACAGCUCUAGCACAAUCAGAAAACCAAGGGCCACCGCCAUCAAUACCAAAACGGCAACGUCGACCAAGCGUCCGUCUCGGCGAGAUCGGUGACCAUCAUCACCAACCAGCAUAUGACUCGCACGUGCGACGCUCAACAAAGCAGCUGCAGCAUCAACAUCACUCAUGGCGCAUCCCUAGAGACUCGUCAAAAUCAAUCAAGGCUCGUUCUUUAACCCAUCUAGUUAACGGCAACAACAACGAAAUUGAAGAACAAGAGGGAAUUAACAAUAAUCAAAACGGAGAGGUAAAUCUUGUUGAGUUUGGUCAUAGAAGGAAAGCGAAGAGAGCGACGACGAAGAGAGUGAGAUCGAAUUGGAUUUCAUCGAAUUCGAGAAUCGAUGAAGGAGAUACUAAUUUGGAGAAUUCAAAUGGAGAGGAAGGGUUUGUUAGGGAAUUCGAUCUUGAUUCGGAUAGUCCUUUAAAAGAUCAAAGUCCGGUCCAUUCUGUUGACAAUGUUGCUUUAGAUUUCUGGCAUGGGAAUCGGAGAACGGGUACGGGUUCCGGUCGAGUUAGGGUUACAGAGAGUAGGGAAAAUGAAGGAAUAGAAAUGGAGACUAAUGAUAAUGAUAAUAAUUCGGAGCGAAAAUGGGAAGGCGUGAGGACUUGGUUGAUUGAGUUAGGGUUAAGUCGAUACGCGCCUGUUUUUGAGAUACAUGAAGUUGAUGAUGAAGUGUUGCCGUUAUUGACAUUGGAGGAUUUGAAAGAUAUGGGAAUAAAUGCAGUUGGUUCGAGAAGGAAACUGUAUUCUGCAAUCCAGAAGCUUCAAAAGGGGUUUUCGUGA